UGAAAUAGAUCAGAUGCGUAGGGGUAGUUUCGUCAUUUUUUGAAUUCUCAAAAGGCCUCAGAUUUUCAUCAGGAUUUUUCACUUUCCAGAGAGAGAGAGAGUAGUGAUUCUCAUUUCAUCGCCUCCUGCUUGCUAACAUCUGAAAGCAAGCAGGAAAAAACAGCAAUUUGAAAUCCAUUUUGGAGAGAUGGCAGGCUACGUUGGGAUUCUCGUCUCAGAUCCAUGGCUUCAGAACCAGUUCACACAGGUGGAGCUUCGCAGCUUGAAAUCCCAUUUCCUGUCGAUGAGGAGGGAAAAAGGGCGCGUCGCCCUUGGAGACUUGCCUUCGAGGAUGUCGAGACUGAAGAUUGUAGGAGAGAAUCUGACCGAGGAAGAGAGGGCUGCCUUUCUGCAUCAGUCGUAUCAGAACAUGGACGAUGAGGUCGAUUUUGAAGUCUUUCUCAGGGUUUAUUUGAAUAUGCAAGUGCACGCAAAUGCGAGAAUGGGCGGCAGUGCGAAGAACUCCUCUGCAUUUCUGAAGGCUGCUACCACCACAUUGCUUCACACCAUCAGUGAGUCUGAGAAGACGUCUUAUGUUGCACAUAUCAACAACUACCUUGGAGAAGAUGCUUUCCUAAAGAAAUACCUUCCUAUAGAUCCUUUGACUAGUGGCCUCUUUGAGCUUGCAAAAGAUGGGGUUCUUCUAUGUAAGCUUAUCAAUGUGGCAGUACCUGGGACAAUUGAUGAACGUGCGAUCAAUACAAAGAGAGUACUUAACCCAUGGGAAAGGAAUGAAAACCAUACGCUCUGCCUCAAUUCUGCCAAGGCCAUUGGAUGUACAGUUGUCAAUAUCGGAACACAGGACUUGAUCGAAGGAAGGCCUCAUCUUGUGCUUGGGUUGAUAUCUCAAAUCAUUAAGAUACAACUCUUGGCGGACCUCAAUUUGAAGAAAACACCUCAGUUGGUAGAGUUGGUUGAUGAUAGUAAGGAUGUGGAGGAGCUGAUGAGUCAACCUCCAGAGAAGAUCUUACUUAGGUGGAUGAACUUUCAACUGAAGAAAGGCGGCUACAAGAGAAACAUAACAAACUUCUCUUCAGACGUGAAGGAUGGAGAGGCAUAUGCUUGUUUGUUAAAUGUUCUUGCACCAGAACACAGUACCCCAGCUAUGAUGUCUGCAAAGGAUCCUUUACAAAGAGCUAAAUUAGUUCUUGAGCAUGCAGAUAGGAUGGGUUGCAAACGGUACCUAACUCCAAAGGAUAUUGUGGAAGGUUCACCGAAUCUUAACCUUGCUUUUGUUGCGCACAUUUUCCAGCACAGGAAUGGGUUAUCAUCAGCGACCAAGCCAAUCUCCUUUCUUGAAACUAGCUCCGAUGAUGUGCAAGUCUCUAGGGAAGAAACAUCAUUUCGGCUAUGGAUCAAUAGCCUUGGAAACUCAACAUAUAUUAAUAACGUCUUUGAAGAUGUUAGAGAUGGAUGGGUCCUUUUGGAGGCCCUUGAUAAGGUGUCACCAGGGAUAGUUAAUUGGAAGAUUGCAACGAAACCGCCAAUUAAAAUGCCAUUCAGAAAAGUAGAAAAUUGUAACCAAGUUGUAAAGAUUGGAAAACAGUUGAAGUUUUCCCUUGUUAAUAUUGCUGGAAAUGAUAUCGUGCAAGGAAAUAAGAAACUCAUUCUCGCUUAUUUGUGGCAACUGAUGCGGCACAACAUCCUCCAACUUCUAAAGAACUUGAGAUUGCAUUCCCAUGGAAAGGAGAUCACAGAUGCAGAUAUUCUCAAUUGGGCCAACUCCAAAGUGAAGAAUGCUGGAAGACAUUCUCAUAUGGCCAGUUUCAAGGAUAGGAAGCUCUCGGAUGGCAUUUUUUUCCUCGAUUUGCUUAGUGCAGUGGAGCCCAAAAUUGUAAACUGGAGUCUUGUCACGAAAGGCGAAAGUGGUGAAGAGAAGAAGAUGAAUGCUAGCUACAUUAUCUCCAUUGCAAGGAAGCUUGGAUGCUCCAUUUUUUUGCUGCCGGAAGAUUUAAUAGAGGUGAAUCAGAAGAUGAUACUGACACUUACAGCAAGCAUCAUGUAUUGGUUCUUGAAACAACCCAUUGAGGAGAGGCCUAUUACUUCAGAUAGCGAGAAUGGAAGCUCUUUGGAGACUAUCUCAAACUCCACCACAGACGACUGCGCUUCCGAGGGUUCCUCAACAGAAGAGAAUGGAAACAGAUGAUCAGGUGAUCCGCUCGAAAUCACCUUUCAAAUUCAAAUGUUGUUUUAUUUCCCCAAAUUCUUUUUAUGUUUGUUUUAUUUUUGUGAUGAUGCUGGUAGAUAUCACAUAUUCAUUCGCUUGUAUUCAAGACCUCAAGAUGUGAAUUGGAGUUGAAGGUUGGGAUGGUUUAGUUAGGAUGUUGUUUUCAUCAUCUUGUUAGAACAAUUGUAGGCAGUGUAUUGAUUGGCUGAGAAACGCCUUUGUAAAUAUUACUGGAAUUUGUUUUCUUCGAUAAAGGGCAGGUGUGUGGCCCACCCAUCACGUCUUCCUGUUUUUCAA